ACCCACCAGCUCAGGCACCAGCAGCCGCGCCGCCGCCGCCGCCCACCUUCUGCCGCCGCCACCACAGCCAGUUUCUCCUCUGCCACCCUCUACUGUCCUCGCCCUCUGUCGACUAUCAGGUGGGCCUUGAACCAGGAUGGCUGAGCCCCGCCAGGAGUUCGACGUGAUGGAAGAUCAUGCCCAGGGAGACUACGCCCUGCAAGACCAUGAGGGCGACAUGGACCCCGGGCUGAAAGAGUCUCCCCUGCAGACCCCGGCCGAUGAUGGAUCUGAGGAACCAGGCUCUGAAACUUCUGAUGCUAAGAGUACUCCGACGGCGGAAGAUGUGACAGCACCCUUAGUGGAUGAGGGAGCCCCCGGCGAGCAGGCAGCCGCUCAGGCCCCCACGGAGACCCCAGAAGGAACCACAGCUGAAGAAGCAGGCAUUGGCGACACCUCCAGCCUGGAAGACCAAGCUGCUGGACACGCGACCCAAGGGCCUGGGAGUGCCGAGGUUGUCCAGGCAAGCUUCCUCGGGGAGCCGGGCCACCAUGGAGGUGAGGCUGUGGAGCCAGGGACCUCAGGUCUGACCCACCAGCACGCAUCUGACAUGCUCGGGGCCCCCACCCUGCUCACAGGCCCCAGAGAGGCCUCACGCCAGCCUUCGGGGACAGAACCUGAGGUUGCAGAGGGCAGCCGCCACAGCUCCGAGCUGCCAGAGUGCCAGCUUUGGGGAGGCCUGCCCCAGGAGGGGCCGCCUCCAAAGGGGGCACAGGGCAAAGAGAGGCAGAGGGGUGAGGAGGUGGAUGAAGACCGGGACAUUGAUGAGUCCUCGCCCCAGGACUCCCCGCCCUCCCAGGUCUCCCCGACCCAAGGCGGGCAAGCCCUGCAGGCAGUUUCUGGAGAAGCCCCUGGAACCCCAGGGUCCCCAGCCGGGGGUGCCAUCCCGCUUCCUGUCGAUUUCCUCUCUAAAGCAUCUGCAGAGACCCGGGUCCCAGAGCCCGACGGGCCCAGCGAGGGGCCCCCGGGAGAAGGGCACGGCGGGUCCCCCGAGUUCACAUUCCACGUGGAAAUCACAGCCAACCUGCAGAAGGAGCAGGGACCCCCCUCGGAGGUGGAUUUGGAAGGGACUGCACUUCCCGGGGCCCCUGGAGAGGAGCAAGAGCCCUGGAGCCCCUCUGAGGGCGAGGACACAAAAAAGACUGAUCUUCCAGAACCUUCUAGAAAGCAGCCUGCAGCUGGUCUGCCAGGGAAGCCCGUCAGCCGGGUGCCUCAACUCAAAGCUCGCAUGGUCAGUAAAGGCAAAGAUGGGACUGGACCUGACGACAAAAAAACCAAGCCAUCCACACCUUCUUCCGCUAAAACCCUGAAAAAUAGGCCUUGCCUUAGCCCCAAACGCCCCACUCCUGGUAGCUCAGACCCUUUGAUCAAACCCUCCAGCCCUGCCGUGUGCCCAGAGCCAUCUUCCUCUCCUAAACACGUCUCUUCUGUCACACCCCGAACUGGCAGUUCUGGAGCAAAGGAGAUGAAAGUCAAGGGGGCAGAUGGUAAGCCUGGAACGAAGAUCGCCACACCCCGGGGAGCGGCCCCUCCGGGCCAGAAAGGCCAGGCCAACGCCACCCGGAUUCCAGCAAAAACCACUCCCACCCCGAAGACCUCGCCAGGCACUGCGACCAUGCAAGUGCAGAAAAAACCACCCCCUGCAGGGGCAAAAUCUGAGAGAGGUGAAUCUGGGAAAUCCGGGGACCGCAGCGGCUACAGCAGUCCCGGCUCCCCAGGCACUCCGGGCAGCCGCUCCCGCACCCCUUCUCUGCCGACCCCGCCCACCCGGGAGCCCAAGAAGGUGGCGGUGGUCCGCACUCCCCCCAAGUCGCCGUCUGCAGCGAAGAGCCGCCUGCAGGCCGCCCCGGGGCCCAUGCCAGACCUGAAGAACGUCAAGUCCAAAAUCGGCUCCACGGAAAACCUGAAGCACCAGCCAGGCGGCGGCAAGGUGCAGAUAAUUAAUAAGAAGCUGGAUCUUAGCAACGUCCAGUCCAAGUGUGGCUCAAAGGAUAAUAUCAAACACGUGCCAGGAGGCGGCAGUGUGCAAAUAGUCUACAAACCAGUGGAUCUGAGCAAGGUGACCUCCAAGUGUGGCUCAUUAGGCAACAUCCAUCAUAAGCCAGGAGGUGGCCAAGUGGAAGUAAAAUCUGAGAAGCUGGACUUCAAGGACAGAGUUCAGUCGAAGAUUGGGUCCCUGGAUAACAUCACACACGUCCCUGGUGGAGGGAAUAAAAAGAUCGAGACCCACAAGCUGACCUUCCGCGAGAACGCCAAAGCCAAGACCGACCACGGGGCAGAGAUCGUGUACAAGUCACCCGUGGUGUCGGGGGACACGUCCCCCCGGCACCUAAGCAACGUGUCCUCCACCGGCAGCAUCGACAUGGUGGACUCGCCGCAGCUCGCCACCCUCGCCGACGAGGUGUCCGCCUCCCUGGCCAAGCAGGGUUUGUGAUCAGGCCCCGGGGCGGUCAGUAAUCGUGGAGAGAAGAGUGAGAGAGUGUGGGAAAAAAAAGAAUAAUGCUCUGGCCCUUCGCCCUCUGCCCUCCCCCAGCUGCUCCUCACAGAUUGGUUCAUCGGUUAAUCACUAACCUGCUUGUCGCUCAGCUCUGGCUCGGGGCUUCCAAAUCAGUGACCGGAACAGAGCCAAGUUCAGCUUUCCAAAUUGAUGGGUGGGCCAAUCCUAAUAAAGUAUUUUUAAAAAUGCUCCAAAAGAGGGCCCCACCCAGAACUUCCUUGGGCAGUUACUUUUGAUUCUUUUUUUUUCCCCCUCUGAGUGGAAGAGGGAGAAGGGAGGCUCUGAAAGCUGCUUCCGGGGGCUCUCCAGGCCUGGGGGGGUGCCCCAUUCUGGGGGUGUCCCCGAGGCAGCAGUGGCAACAAGGGACUUGCAACUUGGCACAUUGGCGGAGCCACAGGCACAGGGCCGCCUCUGGAGCAGGGCGGAGCGGGCGGGGCUGGGCAGGGGGCGGGGAGGGAAGGGAAGGGGCCUGUGUGGGGAGGGGAUGCCGGGGCCUGCCUGGAGGGCAGCGGGCAGGGCACAGCCUCCACCACCCACCGCAGACCAGGCAGUCCUGUUCUUGGCAGCUCGGGAUCGGCUGAGGUCCCUACCCUCUGCGGGGAGAAGGGACGGGGCAGGAGAAGGAAGGGGAUGGGAAGGACGUCGUGUGGGUCACCUCCUUGGAAAAGACCACCGAGCGUGGCCUCUUCCUUGCUUCUCGCAGGGUGGGGGCGGGGGGCGGUCCUGAGCUGAGGGGGCUUCUCUCUGCCCCCUGGAGACCCCGUUCUAUUGAGUUCUGAAGGCGGGAACUACAGCCACGUUUUUUGGCCACCUCACAGAUCUGGGACUUAGGGCUAACCAGUUCUCUCUGUAAGGACUUGUGCCUCUUGGGAGCACCUGCCUGUUCCCGAGCCUGGGCCUCUCCUCCUUCCCACGGCCAUGCAGCCCCCCGUCUGCCCCCGCCACGCCUGUGUGUCUGCCGUGCGGAGCCCGGUCACUGCCUGUCCCCUCACUACGUCACACUGAGUUCCCCGCCUCACCACCCACCCCUUCUCGGUGAUGGACAUUGUUCCGACGGGGAGACACCUGCUCUCUACCAAGGGGGAAGUCAAGGAGGCUGAGGUCCGGACACCGGGGACCUCCAUCUCUCUGAGUUAUAGGCAUCCAGCUGUGUCCCUCACAAUGGACCCCACGACCUUACUCAAUUCUCUGCCCCCACCGCCAUCACAGUCACAAGCCAGGGUGGGGUUCGCAGUGACCCUGGAUGUUCAUGCCUUGUCUGGGCCCGGUCCCCAUCCAGUGCCGAGUUGGCAGCAGGCUGGCCGUCCCGGAUGCCAGCGAUGGCACUGGGGCAGGCGGGCAAGGCCCCCAGGGCAGGACCACGCCCCCGCUGUCCCCCACUUCUGCCCCAGCUUAUGACUGCCAGCCUCUCGGAGCCCAGCCGCUGCUCGACCCCAAGUCUGUGUCAUCAGCCCUCCGCACCCCGAAAAGGGAAAUGUGCCCCCUCGGAACUGGUUCUUACCCCAUCCCAGCGGGAAGCAGGGUGGUCUGUCCUGGAGCAGCUGAACAUAUACAUAGAUGUCGCCCUCCCCUCCCCGUCCACACCCUGUCGCCUUGUAGUCUGAUUUGUCUGUUUAUGCUUGGAUUCACCAGAGUGACUCUGAUAGUGUAAAGAAAAAAAAAAAAAAAAAAAGGACGCAUGUAUCUUGAAAUGCUUGUAAAGAGGUUUCUAACCCGCCCUCGUGGGAGUCUUCGGUGUCUCUCACCCCCCAGCGGGACUCAGAUCCAGAAGGCCCACGUGGCUCUCCCAGUUGAUGAAAGAUUUCCGUCAGCAUCCGGGACCCAGCAGAGACCAGAUCCUGACACUGGAGAACCCUCGGCUGUGAACACCUGAAGCCCAGGAGAGGACAGCAGCUCCGGUCCCCCCUCCCUGACCCGGGGCUCCCUUCUGUCAGGCAGAGGACAUGUGUCUUGCGGUGAAGAUGGCCCCAGAAAAGGCCCAUAGCAGCCCCCAGAGAGGGUCGGACAGCUCCCCGCAUCACGAGUGCCCACUGGGGCAAGGUCUGCAGCCCACCCCUCAGCUCCAAGCUCUCCCUCAGGAAGGAUGGUCCAGCCGCCCACCCAGGGCCCUACGGCCACAGCAGGGCCUGGGACGAACGACCAGCCCCAGCUUUCUGACGUGGUGACAAGUCAGGAGACACUUGCUGACCCUCUCCUGCCACGGGGACAAGGGAAGCAGCCUUUGUCAAAAUCUGUUUAAAGGAAAUCUCAACCUUGGUCCAGGUCUGCCAUUUCUGGUGUGGGGACAGUCAAAGUCAACCCUGUGGGGCUGGGAGGGUCAGAGUCCGGGGCCGGCUGCUCUGUUUGCAGUCAGAGCGUUCCAUGCCAGGGAUCAUGUGGGCCCCAAACAUCCCCCCAUGAGGCUCUCCUCGGCUCUCUUGAGUCCCAGCUGGUCUUGGAAGGGUUCUGAGGAAGGAGGAGGAAACGGUGUAAAGAUGUGAGCGAUGUGGCCCCUCCUUACUGCCACCGAUUUUGGCCGUGUUCCUUGCACCCCUCCUUGAGUCUCGUGUCCGGCUUUCCAAGUACUUCCUUCCCAGAGGGCUCUGGAAUCGCCUGUGUUGGGAUCAGCCUGAAGAUCAUGGUUUAGGUGAUCAGGUCAGUUGCUGGCAGGGAGUCUGCAAAGGGAUGCUGGCUUGUAACCUUAAAUGAGGACAAUCCCCCCCAGAGCUGGCACACCCCUACCCGUUUCCUCCGGAGUCGGUGUCCCUCAUCCACCUGGUCCCCUCAAGCUCUCCACUCACUCUAUCAAUAGUUCCAUUUAAAUUGACUUCAGUGGUGAGACCGUAUCCUGUCUGCGAUUGCUUGUUGUGUUCGAGGGGGGAGGGGGGAGGAACCUGUAAGAUAGUUAACCACUGGGCAAAAGGGUGCAGUAGUCCGAAGCCUAGUAACCCUUUCUUCGUGAUUUCAACCACGGGUGCCAGAAGUCCCUUGGGAUUUCGCCUUUCCACUGACAGAUGCGGCAGGCUGCCAGCUAGUUCUCCUUCCCGGCCAGGUGGUGAGGUUUGUGGAGGAAUCGAGAUCCGGUUGCUGUCCUGCUGCCCUUUUGCAGGGUCCCAAGCCCAUAAUCCUGCCUCCCAAAGCUGCUUUGAGGCAUCCUUUCCUCAAAGUUAUUGGCACCUCCGUGUCACCUUUCCCACCAGCUCCAGACACACAGCCUGUACUUCUAACAGCUGCUAAGAUCUUGUCACCCUUUGAUCUCUGUCCUCGGAGGAGAGCAGAGAGAGGCAGGGACGAGGGCAGAGGUGGAGGUCAUCGGCCUGUCCUCUCUACAGAAGUGUGGCUUCAAGAGCCUUCUGGUUUCCGUUUUGAAAAGGGUUUACCCUGGGCACCGACAGUCUCACCUACCGGACUGAGCCCCGUGAAUCUGCAGUGGGGCAGGACAAUUUCUGGCACUUGCAGGUCCCAUGAUUUCUUUGUUAAUUUUGAGGGUGGGGGGAGGGACAUGAAACCAUCUUAGCUUAGCUUCCUGUCUGUGAAUGUCCAUAUCGUGUAUUGUGUGUUUUAACAAAUGAUUUACACUGACUGUUGCUGUAAAAGUGAAUUUGGAAAAUAAAGUUAUUACUCUGAUUAAAUAAGGCCUUUGUGUAUGGAUUUAAAGGACCAGAAAAGGAUGUUACAAUUCCUAAGUUCCUUCCCAGCCUUUGGGAAUUUAGCUCAGGAAAUGACCAUACUGUUGAAACCAGGACGUGAGGAUUUACCAGCUGGCUCUGGGGCCCUGAAGGUGAAAGGACUCUCAGGCUUGUUUGUUUCCAGUCGAUUUUCUCAUUCUGGUGCUGGCAAACCAUCCUGGUCCAACUCAAAGGGCAAUAAAUACCCUUGUGGCUUAGCUCACAAGGCUCAGCCUGUAAAAGACCCAAACCACUGCAUUCAGACCUGAGAAGGCAGGGGUAGCUCCGUGAGAUCUCUUGAUGCCUGGAAAUGAGUGGAGAGGCCCGGGGCUGAAGCAGGACACUGACUGGGCUGGUCAGUGGAAUGAGGGGCUCUGGUUCCUUUCAGGAUCAAAGCUGCUCUCCUCUGAGCCUCAUCUCAGAUGGAGAGUGCUAGAUCUCCAUUAGGGAUCCCAAAUAGCCCCUGGUGAGGCUACAGAGGAAAAGAAAUGCAGACACGUAGAACCGAUCGUAUUAUUGUUCCUUAGUGAGUAUGUCAAGGUCAUAAUGUGCAGGCCUUUGAUUUUUCCACAGUUUCAAAAUAAUCACUUUUCUCAGCUUUUCCUGAGAUGCUUUAGCCAUUGCAGACAGAAGCUUAAGUACAACAGAUUUUAACUGCGAACUACAGAAGCAACAACAGGGCAGCCAAAGACUUCAGAACUUGGGUAAAAAAAAGACCAAAAAAAAAAAAAAAAAAAAUAUAUAUAUAUA